UCAAUGAACUUCUCUCUCUCAAAAUUACCAUAUAAGGAAACUCAUCACCAGUCUCACAGUCAAAACCACACCAUCUGUUCUAUCUACUCUGUCUCAUUCAGUCCUUCUCUGUGAACUCAGCUUAAUUAGAAGAAGAGUGACGUAAAUGGCGACACCCAGAGAGCACAUAGAGGAGAUAAGGAAGACAAAGUUCUCCAUAGGAGCAGAUGGACUCAACCCUUUAACUGAGGAUCUUCACCAGGCUAUCAAUACUCUCUCUGCUGAACUCUAUGCCAAAGAUGUUCACUUCCUCAUGGAACUCAUCCAGAAUGCAGAAGAUAAUGAGUACGCAGAGGGGGUUGAUCCAUCACUUGAGUUUGUCAUUACAUCCCGGGAUGUAACAGCCACGGGGGCCCCUGCCACAUUGCUGGUUUUCAACAAUGAGAAAGGAUUUUCUCCUGAAAACAUAGAAUCCAUUUGCGGUAUUGGACGGUCCACCAAGAAAGGCAACAGGAAUCGCGGUUAUAUUGGGGAGAAAGGAAUUGGGUUCAAAAGUGUGUUUCUCAUCACUGCACACCCUUAUCUCGCUUGUUAGAUCCGUUGAAGAUGCUCCAGUGUCUAGUUUGCAUCGUAUAUUCAAGUUUCUGCCUGUCCAGAGCUCUUCCUAUGAAGCAUUGAAUGUUAUCAGAGAGUUCAUAAAGGCAAAACUUGUUGAGGAAAACAUUGUCCAGGAAAACUUCUGAAUUCCGAUUACCCUUCUGACUAGUUAUGUUAUGUAUGGUUGCACUUGUUGAUGAUUUUUUAACCAUAUUUUGUUUUGGUUGUGUACUUUUGUCUGUUGGAAUCUCUUGUCAUUCUGAACAAUUUAUUGCUCUUUUAUGUAUGAAGCAGGCUCUAUCAUCCGGUAUUUUAUGUACCGUUUACUAAUAGAUAUGUCAAUAUUUUUAUUUCUA